GAAAAUAUAGCCAACGAAAGAACUUAUCUCGGAUACCUCCGAACUGGCCAGGCCUUUGCAAUGCUGGGUGUGAUUAUUGCUCAACUUAUGCGGCUGCAGCAUAGUCCCACUCCGAAUCCAGUCUUGGGUUAUUUUGUCAUCAGUGUACCGCUUUCAUGUGUGUGUCAUGCCUGUGCAAUUUCCUUUUCCUUUCUAGGGGCUGUGAGAUUCGUCCGCCUUCAAAAUGAAAUGGCUCGAGGUCAUGCUGUGGCCGGUGGAUGGGAAGUAAAAUGUGCCGGAACUCUAACGACUCUAGUA